UCCAGCGACAAGCCAAGAAUUCUGAGCUCCCUUUUGCGCAAUAUGAAUGAAUAUAAUGAAUGGAUGCCUAGUCUGCCCAGUUUAUAGUUAAUUAAUUAUAUUAGCCUUUGCACCUACUUCUCUAUCUCAUUCUCACACAAAUUAAUUAAAUACUGCAUGCGUCCAGUCUCUACGUUAAUUAAUUAAUGGUCACCACUAUGGUUGCAUUUCAUCUCCCCAUUUUCUUCACCUUCUUAUCCAUAUUAUCAGGUGUGAGAAUCAGUGAAAGCGCGAGAGUUUUCACAAUCGUAAACAACUGCAAAGAGACGAUCUGGCCGGCGGUGACCCCCGGCGAGAAUUUCAACGGCGGGGGAUUCACUUUAAAAGCGGGGCAGUCGGUGGUGUUCACGGCGCCAGUGGCGUGGAGCGGGAGAAUGUGGGCCCGGACGGGAUGCAGCUUCGACAAGAACGGAAACGGGACGUGCGAAACCGGGAGCUGCGGGAGCACUCUCAAGUGCGGAGCCUCUGGCAAACCCCCGGUCUCGCUCGCCGAGUUCACGCUGGCCUCCCCGGACUUCUAUGACGUGAGCCUGGUGGACGGGUUCAACGUGCCGGUGACGGUGAAGCCGCUGAACGGGAGGGGGAACUGCAGCGUGGCGGGAUGCGUGGCGGACCUGAGGCCGGACUGCCCGUCGGAGCUGGCCCUGAAGGCCGCCGGGAAGACGGUGGCGUGCCGCAGCGCGUGCGACGUGUUCGACACGGACGAGUACUGUUGCAAGGGCAUUUACGGGAAUCCGACGACGUGCCAGCCCACGUUUUACUCGAAGAAAUUCAAGCAGGCUUGCCCCACUGCCUACAGUUAUGCGUACGAUGACCCUUCCAGUAUCUUCACUUGCUCAGGCACCGAUUAUGUUGUUUCUUUCUGCUCCUCCAGGACAGGGCGAGUAUGUACGUACCACGACCACCUCGUUCGUUGCAGUGGCUCCAACGGAUUGAGAUUAUUUACCACCGGAUUGUUGCUCAUUCUUGCAGCUAAUUUAUCGAUCCUUUUUUACAUGUAAAAAGUAAAUUAUAAUAGAAUGUGUAAACUCCCUUGAGGAGAAGUCUUUACAUUAUGACUAUUUAUACAUGAAUGAUGAGAGUAUAAAUGGUAAGGGGAGUAAUUAAAA